AUGAACGCUGACACUGACACAUUUCUCACUGAUGAGUCCGAACCAGAUGACAACACGGAGAAUGUACCUGAGAGCAAUGGGACUCCAUCAUCGUCCUUUUCAGCCGUUGCACUGCAGUUGCAGCAAGAUGCUGAUGACGACGACAACGAGGAAUACAUAUCGGGGUUAGGACAAGUAGUUGAGGUUGAGGAUGACGUCUCAGGCAUUUCGGAAAGUAGCAGGCGGCGACAAAUUUGUUGCUUUUUCGGUCAGAAGAGAAUGUUUCGCAUCCGUGACAUGUUCAAUUGGUCUGUUGAGGUUGGAUGGGACGAGUUUUGGUUCCAGGGUGUGAAAAACAUGGAGAGUGAGGCUUUAUUCUACGAGCUAAUGUCAUGCCUGCCCGAGGAUGAAGAAAGUACUAGUAGGAAUGUCCCAGGGGAGUCAUCAGGCAUGGGAAAUGGUCCAUCGAGCUCAAUCAUUAUUGACGACUCAGAGUAGCUAGCACUU